AUGUACGACUCAUUAGCCACAUAUGCCUUUAAAUUGGUUUUAAGCAACUGGUCCAUCGAGUCAACCCAUACGUUGGUACCGGGUGUUGACAACAGUAACAAAUGGGUGGUAUUGUGCUCCGGUAACAAAGGCUGGAUGAAUUACGGCGACCAGGCAAUAGUCUACAGGGCGUACCACUUAUUCCGAUCCUAUGGCAUACCGGAAGACCAUAUAAUUGUGUUUCAUUACGACGAUAUCGCUUAUAAUAGUGAAAACCCCACACCCGGUGUUGUGAUCAAUGAGAUCGGAGGUCCCAAUGUCUAUAAGGGGGUCCCAAAAGAUUAUACCGGAGAGGACGUCAACCCUAAGAAUAAUAGGUUCGCCAAACUGUCCAUUUAUGUCGACACGUGUUACUCGGGGUCAAUGUUCAACAAAAUCUUGCCUGAUAACAUUAAUGUGUAUGCCACAUCAUCAUCCAAUCCCACCGAGCUCAGUUGGUUCUGGAAUUAUGAUGAUAAAUUGCGUACUUAUAUAAGCUCAUUCUUUGCAAACAAUUGGCUUGUAAAUGAUGAGGAAAAUGACCUGGAUAAGGAAACUCUUCAAAAGCAAUUUGAAUACUUUAAACAGCACUCAGUUGUGAAUUAUACCAAAGACCAUACGACACACCCUAUACACGCCCAACAAUACGGUGAUCUAUCAAUCAGUAAACUGACCGUGUCUCAAUUUUUGGGUCAUAAACCUAAGGGACAGACUAAUACUGUAACCAAAUGGGAGCAAAAUAAUGAUGCGGUCAACAAAUGGGACGUUUCGCUGGACUUACUUCAGAGACGUAUUGAUGAGACGGAGGAUAUCGAUGAGAAAAAUGGUUAUCUGCAAGAAUUGGAAAAUCUAUACAAAGGUCGCCAGUAUGUGGACAACCAUAUGACUGAAUACGUGAAUAGUAUUCAACACUUAAUGCCAAACAUCGCAACCAAUGCUAUACUCCAUACGAAACAAGAGCUCAAUAAUAGACACUGUUAUCGACAACUAGUGGACACUUUCCAUGAAAAUUGUUUUGAUUUGACCAAGAACUUUUUGGCUGUACUUAAAGGCAACGAAACACUGGAAAAGUCGGGAAAGAAGGUCGUUAAGAGUGGACCUAAUGAUCACGUGUUUGUCUAUUUAAUGGACCAUGGUGGCCACCGUUCUAUGUUUGACAAAUUAUUACCUACUGACAUAAAUGUAUACGCUAUAACCGCUACUAAGCCUGAUGAGUUGGGUUGGUUUUGCUACCACGAUGCUAAAGUUUAUAAGACCUAUCUGGCUACAUUCUUUGCGGUCAAUUGGUUGGUAGACAGCGAGGGUCAUGACCCUAAGGUCGAGUCACUUGAACAACAAUACGAGUACAUUAAAGCCAAAAAUAAUUUCACCAUGGACGGUACGGUGCACACGCAACACGCGCAACAAUAUGGCGACUUGUCCAUAGCUAAUUUGCACCUAUCAGAAUUUUUGGGUACCAAAAAGUCUUCUCGAAUGCAUAUGAAUUCACUCCCAUUGGAUAUGAAUGGCCAGGAAUUUGUGAGUUUCAGAGACGUUGCCAUUCGGGUGUUGGAGAAGAAUAUUGAGUCGACGGACAAUAUAUCCCUUAAAUUAGGGUACAUUAUAUCAAAUGAUUUUUAA